CAUCGCACAAGUUCAAAUACCAUUCGAACCAGGGGAAACAGCAUAGUUCGGUUUCAGCAACGGUUCCUGCAUAAAUGUGAGCUCAUUAAAGUGUUUUUAAUAAUGUGAAAAAUAACGUACGGAAAAAUAAAUAUUUAACUCAAUAAUAGUAAAAUUAAAAAAAGUAGAAGUGAAUUAUUCAAAAUGGAGCGUUAUUAUGGCAUGUCAAUGGAUAUUUCCAGUCCAAGAUUUGAAGCUCAGUCAGGAAAUGGAUCCGUGUUGGAUCGUGUUACACCCGAUAUGAUUCAUUUAGUCAAUCAAUAUUGGAGUAGAUAUCCACCGUUAGAGAGUAAAAUGAGUCAGAUAUUAGGUGUGUUUACAGUUGCUAUAACACUUAUGUCAAUAUGUGGUAAUUUUAUGGUACUCUACAUAUUUGGUGGUACUAAAUCGUUGCGCACUCCAGCAAAUUUAUUGGUUAUAAAUUUGGCUUUCUCUGAUUUUUGUAUGAUGAUUUCACAAUCCCCAAUAAUGGUUAUUAAUUUUUAUUAUGAAACUUGGAUAUUGGGUCCAUUGUGGUGUGAUAUCUAUGCAGUCUGUGGUUCAAUGUUUGGUUGUAUUUCGAUAUGGUCUAUGUGCAUGAUAGCAUUAGAUCGUUACAAUGUCAUUGUGAAAGGUGUUAGUGGACGUCCAAUGACUAUUAAAUUAGCUGUUCUGAAAAUAUUUGCCAUCUGGUGCUUUGCUACUUUUUGGACAAUUACACCAUUGUUCGGGUGGAGCAGAUAUGUACCUGAGGGUAAUUUAACCGCAUGCACCAUUGAUUAUAUGUCACGCAGUUGGAAUCCACGAACUUAUCUCAUCUUUUACUCCUGUUUUGUAUAUUAUACCCCGCUUUUGUUGAUUUGCUAUGCGUACUGGUAUAUAAUAGCUGCCGUCUCGGCUCACGAGCGUGCAAUGCGUGAACAAGCAAAGAAAAUGAAUGUGCGAUCAUUACGUUCCUCUGAAGAUUGUGAGAAAAGUGCUGAAGCAAAAUUGGCUAAGGUAGCAUUGACUACUAUAUCACUAUGGUUUAUGGCUUGGACACCGUAUUUAAUUAUAACAUACCAUGGACUUUUUAAAAUCGAUGGCUUAACACCUCUUACUACAAUUUGGGGAGCUACUUUUGCAAAAACCAGUGCUGUUUACAAUCCGCUUGUAUAUGCUAUAAGCCAUCCAAAAUAUAGAAUUGUUUUAAAGGAAAAAUGUCCUAUGUGUGUAGUGGGCUCAACAGACGAACCAAAACCUGAGGGACCAAACUCAGAAGUACAAACGGUAUCGGAAGCUGAGUCAAAGGCUUAAACA